GUUACCUUUUUUUUUUGCAGUGACAUGAGGUGAGGCAACUGAGUUUCAGCACCUGUGUGUGAGAGGUGAAGCAGAAUUGUCAGUUUUUUUUUGUGCUUCUCACCCCCUGUGUGUGUGUGUGUGUUUGUGUGUGCUGUGUUCUGUGGGUGAAAAGCUGAAGGAAAAUUCAGGAUGAGCUUUUUGUUGGACCUGGUUGUGGGGAUCUUCCUCAUCAUCUACUACAUUUUGGAGUCAUGGGUCCUGUUUUUCAUCCCCAAGAGCCUGAGGAUGAAGGACAUUGCUGGACAAGUGGCCUUGGUCACUGGAGGUGGCUCAGGGAUGGGCAGACUCUUGUGCUUGGAACUGGCCAAGAAGGGCUGCAGAAUUGUCACUUGGGAUGUCAAUGAAGAAGGGAACAAGGAGACAGUGAGGCUGGUGAAAGCAUAUCUGAAGCAGCAGCCAUCUGGCAAGCAGCAUGAGCAGAAAGCAAUAAAUGUGGACAGUAUGGUGCAUGGGUUCAAGGUGGACCUGUGCAAAAGGGAUGAUGUGUUCAGGGUGGCCCAGUUGGUGCAAAAGGAAGUUGGCACAGUUGACAUCCUCAUCAACAAUGCU